AUCAAAGUACACAACUUUCAAGACAAGCACAAUUUUUUCUAACCUCCCGAAAAUAAAAUAAUAAAAAUAAAAAGGUCUUCCAAAUUUCUGUGCUCGUCUUCUCCAAGUUUCCCCUUUUUUCAAACCGAGUCCCUUCCACUCUGCAACUCCAAAAUUUUCCUCUCAAAAUUCUCCCAUUAAUGGCCCAAACCCUCAUCUCUCCCUCUACCAGUCCCCUUCAUUCUUCCAACCCUGUUUCCAGUUUUCCGAUCAUUGCCGUCGCUGUCAUCGGAAUCUGCGCCACUGCGUUUUUACUCGUCACCUAUUACGUCUUCGUCAUAAAAUGCUGUCUCAACUGGCAACGAAUAGAAAUCCUUCGCCGGUUUUCUCUCUCCCGUCGCCGUGAAGAGACUUUAAUACUCCGGCAGCCAGCAGAGCCACGUGGGUUAGACCCAUCAACGAUCCAAUCAAUCCCACUUAUUAGUUACAAAAAACCCAUUAACGAAACUACCAGCGGCGGCGAAUGCGCCGUUUGUCUGACGGAGUUUCAAACGGAGGAGCAAUUGAGGAAAAUUCCGAUUUGUAGUCAUCUCUUUCAUAUUGAUUGCAUCGACAUUUGGCUUCAGAAUAAUUCCAAUUGCCCACUUUGCAGAACCUCAAUCUCCGCUCAAAAUUGGCUGAUUCCAACCGAUCAAGCCCCUUCCCCUCAAGAUUUGGGCCUCAAUACCGGCAGCCACAUUUCCGUCGCCGAUGAGAAUUUCGUUGUGAUUGAACUGGGUCGGAAUCUAGAUCGCCGCCGACAUCCGGCGUUGGGGUCCAGCGAAGCGGCGGAAUCGGGGAGAAAGUUUAAGAAGGUUACGAGUAUGGGGGAUGAGUGUAUUGACAUGAGGGAGAAGGAUGAGGAGUUCAUAGUGCAGCCGAUUAGAAGGUCGUUUUCGAUGGAUUCAUCCGGCGACCGGCAGCUGUAUAUGGCGGUGCAAGCGGCGGUGCGGGAGAAGGGUGACGGUGAGAAUGGAGUUGAAGUUGAGGGUUGUAGUAGCAGAGUACGAAGAUCUUUCUUUUCUUUUGGGAGUGGCAGAGGAUCUAGAAAUGCAGUUUUGCCCAUUCAGUUUCAACCUUAAAAGACUCUGUUUCUUUCUUUUUUUUUUUUUUCCUUUCUCAUCAUUGUAAUUUGUAAUUUGGUAAUAUAGGUUAUAGUAUAUUGUUGAUAAUUGUUUGAUUUUGGUGGAAAAUUUUACCUUUUGAUUCUGAUUUGUUGGGGUUUU